AAAACAGAAUGCGUUCUCGGUGGAUCUCGAGUUUCCUAUCACUUAUCGUCAUUCGUAGCGUAUAAACAUAACAGCACGCGGUCAUUAACUUACAAAUUGUUUACGUGCCGUCCGACACAUGGGAACCCGGUAAUAUCGUGCAGGAAAUGCCAGUUUCCGCGCUGUAAAAAACACGAUCGGGCCAUUGUUAGCGUCGUAGACGGAUUUCGGGUGGAAAUUUUCGAACGGUCGCGCGAGCAAAAUGUCAUGCAGCUACGCGGAUGGGCUCUCGCAGUACGAAAACAAAGGAGUGCUAGGCCUGGAGGAGAGAUACGACAGCGUCGAGGCGUUACGACUGAAAUGCGGCCUUCUCGCCGAUUGGAUAAAGGCAGCACGGCACGUCGUCGUUCACACCGGCGCCGGCAUCAGCACUGCUGCGGGCAUUCCGGAUUUUCGAGGUACAAAUGGAGUAUGGACCUUAGAACAGAAAGGUUUAAAGCCUACAAUGAACAUUUCCUUUGAUGAAGCAAUUCCUACAAAAACACACAUGGCAUUGAAAAGAUUGGUAGAUGGUAAAAAAAUUAAAUUUAUUAUAAGCCAGAACAUUGAUGGCUUGCAUCUUCGGUCUGGAGUGCAGAGACAGUACCUUGCAGAGUUGCAUGGAAAUAUGUUUACUGAACAAUGUGACAAGUGUGGAAGGCAAUUUAUUCGGAACUUCGCGACUAAAAGCGUGGGCAAAAAAUCUCUCGACACCGUGUGUAGAUCUGAACAAAUUGGUGGUCGUCCAUGCCGUGGACGCAUGCACGACACUAUCCUUGAUUGGGAACACAACUUGCCAGAUAGUGAUCUGACACUAUCUGACUUACAUUCUAGUGUGGCUGAUUUGAGUAUAUGCCUUGGGACGACGCUUCAAAUUAUCCCGAGCGGUAAUUUACCUCUGUACACCAAAAAGUAUGGAGGUCGACUUGUUAUAUGUAAUCUACAACCUACGAAACAUGACAAAAAGGCAGACUUAAUAAUCAACGGUAACGUCGACGAGAUAAUGAUCAGCGUGAUGAAAAAAUUAGGGCUAGAGAUCCCUGAGUAUGAGAGCACGAUGGAUCCCACACGCAAUUCCGACACAACGUCCAAGGAGAUGGACUGGACGAUACCGACCAGCAGAAUAAAAGAAAUGAACGUGCUGUACAAGAAGGUAUGCAAACCUAUGCGAAGGAAACGAAAGACGUUCAUGUACGAGAGGGAGAGGACGGACACGAAACGGGAGACGAAGACGAAGAAGCAGGCGUUUAUGAUGAAGCAAGAUAUGAAAGAGGAGGACACGUUGAACACGGCGAAUCAAGUUUGCAACAACGCGGUUGUCACGGGGGAUAUAAGCAGUAGCGUGGUGAAAAUCGAGGACGAGAUGAAGGAUGUGGAACCGUUCGACUUCUCUACUGACAACAUGAUCCAGCCGGAUCCUGGGUUACAAGUGAACGACAUACUGUAGCAUGAUUUCGGCGGUUGGUGAUCCAGCGACCUAAUACUCUCCUAUUAAUAUUCAGUCUUCGUUAAAAUUAUUACUUACGAGUGCAUAUAGAAUGGAUGUUAUAUCUGUAUGUGAAAGAAUGCCUAAAAAGUGCUAUUGAUUUGUUUAUACGAAAACGGGAAAAGAAAACACAAAAAAAAAUAAUUAUGAAACGUAACGAGAAGUAAAAGAAGUAUAUAAGUUUAUCAAUCGGCAAACCGCUUUUAAUCGUGGAGUCAGAAAGCGCUGCAAUACGUGUACAUAUGUGUAGUAGUACUUUCGUAAUCGCUUCCAUGUUCUGUCCGCUUUUUCAUUGCUCGUAGUCGACUUAACCAGACAAAGGAAGUCAAGAGAUUUACAGCGAUCUAAUGUGUAUCAUACUCUACUGAUAUAACACGUAUAUGCAUGCACA